UCGCCCACUGUGCCGUGUUUUGCUCUGGGCUACAGUUUUGUCAUGCAUAAAACUUCCGUGAAUGAGAUACAACAACAGAGAAGCGUUACAUCGACUAACUAAACUAAUAAUCUGAUAAAUCCGUUUCCAACGGUUGGCUAUUUGGCCUCGACCACCCUAUGCGUCCCCAGCAGAGCUAAUCUGUGACCUACCUUGUACUUUGGCUACGGAAUGAGAGGAUCACCUGCCGAACCUGCUAACCGGCUAAGCUAGCUCCUACUAGUGGUAUUUGUGCUUGUUUUGUGACAUUAUUUCAUACUGUUCCUAUCACGUCGUCCUGGUUCGAGGUGUUCUGCCUCCGGCAGGGUCUGAGGGGCCGCUUGUAGGGCAUCUCUACCAAUCUGAGGGGGAAUACAUGUGUUAAAGACACACACACACACACACACACACACACACACACACACACACACACACACACACACACACACACACACACACACACACACACACACACACACACACACAGCCAUUGAUCAAUCAAGGAUGACCAUGGAAGACAUCAAGAAUGAAGUGCAAACAACCUCAAUGGUUCCGAUGGCGCUGUACACCGUGAUGUAUCCUGUUUUUAACCAGUUGGAGAAAGUCAAUUUAUCGGCCGCCCAGACGUUGAGAGCAGCCUUUAUCAAAGCCGAAAAGGAGAAUCCCGGACUUACCCAGGACAUCGUCCUAAAGAUUCUAGAGAAGAAGAACCUAGAAAUCAACUACGCAGAGUCUCUCCUUCGCAUGGCUACAGAAGACGUAGAAGAGUUCCUGAUUGACAGGCGGGAGCCAGAGUUCCAGGAGCUGAACGAGCGGGCCAGAGCUCUGAAGCACAUCCUGAGCACCAUUCCGGAUGAGAUCAACGACAGAGUGCGCUUCCUGCAGACCAUCAAAGACAUCGCCAGUGCCAUCAAGGAGUUAUUAGAUACAGUUAACACGGUCUUCAGGAAAUACCAGUAUCAAAACAGACGGGCUCUGGAACAGCAAAAGAAAGAGUUUGUCAAGUACUCCAAGAGCUUUAGCGACACGCUCAAAACCUACUUCAAAGAUGCAAAGGCGAUAAACGUGUUUGUCAGCGCCAACCGACUCACCCACCAAACCAACAUGAUACUGCAGACCUUCAAGACGGUGGUGUAGGAGCUCAAAUACGCACGCACACAUACACACACAGACAGACACAUUGACACACACACACACACACACACACACACACACACACACACACACACACACACACACACACACACACACACACACACACACACACACACACACACACACACACACACACACACACACACACACACACACACACACACACACACACACACGUUGAGGUUUUUUUUUAUGAUUAGAAACUAGAAGAAGCUUUUAGAAAUUGUAAGGGUAUUUUAUUUUAUGGGGUGUAUAAUUUAUAAUUCUUUAGCUUUGAGAAAUCAGGUAGUAAAGGUUCAAAGUGAGUUAGUUUGAAAAUAAUUGCCAGGGCAUUUUAACUUUCUUUAGGCUGUCCCUUUAAAAAUAAAUCUAUUUUCGUAUGUCCAUGCUGCACCUUUCCUGCACAAGCUGCUCCAGUCUGUUAGGAGUUCCUUUUUUUUGCAAUCAUAACCAGUUUGGGGAUAAGCAGUUGAUAGUUUACCUCCGGAAAGCUUAGAGAAGGAAGGGACAGAUGGUCAACGGUAAUGUAAUAAUUUAAAUUUAAUAAUUUAACUUACUCGAAAACAGUCUUUUCUGGUCAAAUUCAGAUGAUUAUAUAUUUCUGGGAUUGUACUUUUAUUUGAAAUUCUAAUAUAUUUUCUACCAAACAGAAAAAAUAAAAGUUCAUAAGAUUAACAAUUGUGAAAAAUAAGACAAAGAAAUAGAGCAUUUUUUAAAUGAGAAGAUUGUGAUGAGAACUGCAUUAUGUCUGGCACAAGCUUGCUAUUUAGUUACUACUGUCCAUUUCUCACACCAGGUUAAAUACAUUAAUAUACAAUUGACUGAAUUAAAUUAAAAUGAUUAUGAUAUAAUUAUGAUUCCCAACAAUAUUGCAAUGGCUAAUCUACUGUAAUACUUUCUGUGGCCCAAUAUUUCUAUUUUUAUACAGCCAGCCAUUUAAAUAUAAAUACAGCAGGUUUGUCUUGGUGUGUAGUCAUUUUAUUGGGAGCUGCUUUCUUUUAGCCAGUGAGAACUUUCAAAGUUCAACAGAAUUGUACUUUAUAACAAAAUUGAAUGUACAUACUUUUUCUUCAUUCCUGUAACUCAAGAAACUGUUUUAAUCUACUACCUAUUUUAGCCCUGUAAAAAUGGGCACAGGCACAUUCCUUUAACCAAAUGUAAAUAAAUCAUUGGGAUCUGAGCUUAUUCUCCUCGUUCACUCUAGACCUUGGGCAGUCCGACACAUCACUUGUGUUGAACAAAUGCUUAGGAGGCUGCUCAAACCGUUCCAAAUAAAACGAGUCUCAACGUUUGAGAUGAGAUCUUUAAAAACAAAUAAAAAAAACCUGCUUCCUUUUUAUUGUCUAUCUUUUUUUGGUAGGGAAAUUAAUUAAAAUCUCAUGUUUUACCUUCAGAUUCUUCAACUGUACAUUCUUCUUCUGGGGCAGUGGUUCGUCCAACUGUAUUUCAUUUUUAAUUUCGCUGUUCCUGAAGCAUCAUUCUUCUCCCUGUAUAAUGGUAAAUUUUCCACAGUGGAUUUUAUACCGCGCUAUUUUUGGGCUGUGUCAGCGCUCUAGGCCGUGUUGCUGUAAUCCAAUUGUGAAAGCGUUCACUUUUAAGCUUUAUUAUUGAAAUUGCUGGGACCGUAUUUUCUCAUUCUGCCGCUGUUGAUGGAUAUAAUCAGCUAAUUCAAGUCAUUCUUGGCUAUUAAGGCGUUUCUAGCGAUCGGAUCUGAGUGACUGACGGAUGGUGCCAAUUAUUCAGAUGGUGGUUCGAAGACGUAUAGCAAUGUGCUUUGUGUGUUUUGUGCGCACGCAUGUACAUUUUAUUGUGCACUUCUUUGUCAAAGAAAUGUAGAGGAAUUUGUAAACCGUUAUGAGUAGCUGCAAGGUUAUGUUUGAUAGUUACAAUUACAAUCAUGUGGGUACUUAUUUUUAUCUCAAAUUAAAUUUCAAACCUCCAUCAAGCAGCUAUUUAUCCAAGCCUUAUCUAUCUCUACUGAAGAAAUCCUAUCUUUCUUUCCAUUGUUUUAUUUACGGUAAGUACUCACUGGGUCGCAUAUGAAGAAAAAGGUCCUUUUGAAGCGACUGGUGUGCGAAUAGAUGCAACACGCAUACUCACAAGGGAAGGGUUCAUACUCUAAAGCAGACCCCUUUUUUACUACUUGGUUGCCAGGAGACCUGGCUAUGGGCUUUGUGAAGGAGGGGUAAUACAAUUGUGUGUGUGUGCGUGUGUACGAUUGCCUCUUGGCAGUUGGUCCAGUUUUUGUGGGCAUUUUGCUCAACUCCCUCUGGGAAUGAGUGUGUUUCGGGAGAAGAGCCAUUUCCAAACACUGAGUGGACUUGGAGACACAUUUGCUGAGCGUUCCCUCUUCACCUCUCUGGAUAAGAACCACAGCUGAGAAAGCCAUACAGUGUAAAGGGUGCUUAACCGUGAACAGUAUUUGUCUUUGUUAUUUUUUUUCCGAUUUCAACCCACUGCUUCUGUACUUGAAUUGAGAUCAAGUUUAGCAAUCUUUUGACACGCAGCGGCAGAGACCGUAUUGUUACACAAGGAAGUCUUUGGGGAGCCAAUAUAAUCGGUGUAUAUAGUACACCUUCCCAUGGCCAUUUCUCUUUCUCAAACCAAGGAACCGGGAAUGAACUUCAGUUGGAAACAACACUCUAUUCUCUAUUCAAGGGUGUUUAGAUGCAGUAAACAGCCAACAAUGGGGCGUGGGUGUAACCUGACUGUAUUUGCCAUUACAACACUCUGCAAAAUCACGUAUGGACACACAUAAGAGCCCAAUUAUAACAGAUCAAAUUGGGUUAUGGCAUAAAAUUCUUGAUGUGCAAAGAGGAAACAACACUGUUUUUAAAACUCUAUGACAAACAUUGUUUCAAACUUGUCUUACUUCAACCUUUAUGACCUUAGGUCAUUGAUAUCAGCCGUAACCAUGGGGACAGACACAAGGGCACUCGAGCCGAUUUACUGUUGAGGAUUAUCCCUGUUGAGAUAUUUUGUGCGUGUGGGUUACCGCUCAAAUUAGAAUACCUCUUGCGCAAUACUGUACAUAUAACAUUGUUACAAAUUAUUACUGACAUGUUCAGUUGUUAUUCUCACAAGUUCAAAUCAAGGGAAACAAACCAGUAUUUAGAGAUGCAAGCCCAUUUUCUCCGAUGCCUUGUUCGUUCAGGGCCUCUCCGGCCCACCUCGCUCCCUCUAGAGCCUCUGUUUUAGGGAGGCUUCAGAGGUUGUGGUCUCCAACAGGGGAGGGCUCAAGCAGAGAAGAAUAUCGCCUCCAUCAAAGCAUUCUCAUCACUC